UACGAUUUCAAUUUUCGUCGAACGUGGAUCUUUGAUGUUUUUGUGGUUAGGUCACUAUACGGAAAAUGUCAGACUCUAAGAUUUCGAAGCAUAAAGAAACGUGCUCAGUUAAAGUGGAAGAGGCUUGCGUUAAGCCCGUGACUAUGUCUUGGCGACCUUCUAAAUCCAAUUGUGAAGAAGGUACCCAAGAGUUGUCUAGAGCUCAUUCUGGACAAUGGAUUCUUAAAAUUGAUUGGAGCUAUAAAAGUCUUAGCUCAGUGCCAGAGUUUCUUCCAAAUUACCAGUUGUGCACUACUUUGAAUCUAUCAGGGAACAACUUAAAUGGGGCUAUUGACUGGCUAAUUCACCUGAAAAGGCUUGAAUUACUAGAUCUGUCAAGAAACAAGUUUUCCAAAAUAGCAGAUGCUUGUGGAAGUGUUUCAACUUUGAAACAUUUAGAUGUCAGCUAUAAUUUACUUAGUAAGCUACCAGAAUGGAUUUUACUUUUGCAAAAAGUAAAGAAGUUGAAUAUUAGCUGCAACCCACUUGAAAAGUCAUUCCAUAUUCACUUAAAGAAAGCCAAAUGGAAAAGUGUAGAGAUAUGCAAUCUAGAAAAUGUGAAUUUAGUUUCUAUUCCAGAUUGCUUACAGUCAGCCUACUGUCUCAAAGAGUUGUAUUUGGGGAAUGUAAACAACAAGUAUUUCCAUAAACCAAUGUUUUAUCAGAACAAUGCUCUUUGGAGAAUUCCUGAAUGGCUGCCAUCUUCACUUUCCAUACUUGAUCUUAGCUAUGUCCACUUAUCAAAUUUUGGGUAUGAUUGGAAGCAGUUACCAAAUUUAAAAGAACUGAGAGUCAGAGGAAAUGAUUUAUUCUGGCCUUCAGAUGAUUUCACCAUUUUGACAAAGCUUGAAAUGUGUGAUUUUAGUUGUUGUAAAAUGUUCCUAUUGCCCAAAGAUUUUGGAUGUCUCAGGAACCUUUGUUUUAUAAAUUUGUCUUUCAACAAGUUGACUGUGUUGCCACAGUCUUUUGAACAAUUCUACAGCUUGUAUCAUUUGGAUCUUUAUCAUGCUGGACUUGAAACCAUUGAAUGCAACUUGACCCAGCUACCUAGGUUAGUGGAAUGUGAUUUAUGGAUGAACUUAGUUGAUCCUUUGGGGUGUCUUCCGAAUCACUCAGAUUUGUGCAGCUGUCUCCGUGAAUGUUUAUUUCCUUACGAAAGGGAGAUUCGCCUUGAUGAGAGAAAUAGCCCUUCGGUUGCUUCUGAGGACGUAGAGAGGAGUAGCGAAGAAUUUGACGCGGAAAUUAACGAUCCAUCUGAGGUGACUGCAUCGUCGACAGGAACUGGCGUUGAAGAGUCGUGGGAUGACGAAGUAUUUUGUGAUUACGAAGCUGAUAUCGAACCGACAUGGCAUGUCCCACAGUUUUCCAGUGGACAGAAAAAAAGUGUUAAUGACGAUUACUUUUUCCUGCCGUCUGAGUUACACGCAGCUUCGUGUAAGCUACCACCGAAUCAGUUCAACAUUAUUCAUGGUCAAUUUGACGACAUUGAAUGA